UGAGGUUUGGUGUCUAUUUUCCCGCAGUCAACGUAUUGCUCUACUCGCGAUCAGAGAUGUCGCUCAACUAUAGUGAAAUUUCCCCGGUGGUGCAGACUACACAUGGAAAGGUUCAGGGAACACUCCUAAAGGGUCUUUAUGAUGAACAGUUCUACGCAUUCGAUGGCAUUCCAUAUGCAGCUUCUCCGCUUGGAAGUUUGCGCUUCAAGGAACCGCAGGAUCUGAAGCCUUGGAAUGGAACUCGGGAUUGUUCCAAACCCCUCAACAAGUGUCUACAACUGGCCUCCCUAACGAACAAGGUUGAGGGUUCUGAGGACUGCUUGUUCCUUAAUAUGUCUGUAAAAAAGCUGCACAGCAAGCAGCCCUUGCCCAUGAUGGUCUUUAUCCAUGGAGGUCUGUUUAAUCGCGGUGAUCCCUCGAGAAGAGCCUGGGCUCCUGAUUAUCUGAUGCACGAGGAUGUCAUCCACGUGAGCAUUGGCCACCGUUUGGGUGCUUUGGGAUUCCUGAGCUUUGCUGAUCCGUCUUUAGAAAUUCCUGGAAAUGCUGGUCUGAAGGACAUAAUCUUGGCCCUCAAAUGGAUCAAGGCGAAUGCAGCCAACUUCAAUGGAGACCCGAACAGAAUAACUAUCUUUGGUCACAGUUCCGGGAGCAUGUUGGUUCACUCGCUGUUGGCCAGUCCUCAAACAGAAGGGCUUUUCCACAAGGCCAUCCUCAUGGCAGGAUUUUCGAUGGAGAUAAAUCGCCUGCCUCACUUAGAAUUCCGUCUGGCCAAACAGUUGGGUUACGAGGGUGAAAAUGUGGAUCUUCAGGUUUUUGAGUUCCUAUCGAAGGCAGAUCCAAACUUGCUCGUCGCUGCGGAUGUUCUCACCCCUGAAGAGAAGGGUCAAGGUCAUAGCCUGUCGUUCAGACCCAGUAUAGAGAGCUAUGUAACUCCGAAUGCUGUUCUCCUGGCAGAACCGAAGCAACUGCAGCGCAACACUUGGAGCAAUCGCAUUCCCAUCAUUGUAGGUGCGAACAGUGAAGAGGGAUUAGGUAGCAUUACCGAUCUUAAAACCAAUCCCAGGGUAAUGCAGGAGUUUCGGGAUUAUCCGGAGCGUGUGCUGCCCAAUUUCCUUAAGCACUGUUGCGAUUCGGAACAAAAGCGUGAGUUGGGUUUGCAUCUUCUGAAAUACUUUUGUGGAGCUCAUGGGGAAGAACUAAGCUUGGAGCACUUUAAUGCACUAGCAGAAGUCUUCACCCACAAUACUUUCCUUGAGCUAGACCGAUUUAUCCAAGCCAGAUUGGCUUAUGCCCAGGCACCGACAUAUUUUUACCGGUUCAACUUUGACUCGCCCGACUUCAACUUCUACAGGAUUCGAUAUUUUGGAUUGGAGCAGCGUGGAGUAACACAUGUGGAUGAACUUGGCUAUAUUUAUGUUCUCCCUGCUACGUUUAAACUGGACAAGUCACGACCGGAGUUCACUACGAUUUUGCGGUUUGUGUCAAUGUUUGUACACUUUGCCGCCACAUCGGAUCCAAAUUCUCCGCUUACUAAGCCCCUUGUGAAUUGGAAGCCUGUCAAUCAAUCCGAAACUCGCAUGGUUCUCAACAUUAGCGAAGAACUAAAGUUUAUUCCACUGCCAGAGAUGGCUAAGCUUAAAUUCUACGAUCGGUUGUUUAAACUGGCUGGUGUGACAAUCUUUUAGUCAUCUUCACUGACACCAUUAGCCUUAUUUAGACAGAAAUAAAUCACAACUCAUGGUAUAAAAAAAUAAAUAGAAUAAAAAUGUUGAAUGCUUUUUAUCAGAUCAAAGUUAAAGACGCUAUGGUAGUUUAAUAACACCGUGCACUAAAAAUCCCUUAUAAAUAUUCAAAAAGCGUGAACAUUACUGACAAAAUUGUAAAAUAAAAGUUUUCUGCAUGUAA